UGCAAGUUUGAGGAGUGCAAGCACAUUGGGUACUUGAUGGACGGCUUCCCAUUGUACACAAGCUGCGCUAACCUGCGAUCGUGCUACGAGCUCAAACCCGAGAGCAUUCGCCUAGCAGCAUCAAACAGUUCAACGAUCCCAGGUCUUGGCCAGGACCGGAUCGCCGGUGAUGACUCCAACGACUACUACUUCGAUCAAGCGAGACAUGAUGCUAAAGACUGCGAUCUAGACGAGGCCAAUGGCUACGACUUCACGGGCAGUCAGCUUACCGACAGCGAGGGCC